AUGGGGAAUACAUGCUGUAGUAAUCAACCAAUUGAGACAGAGAAGUAAAUAGAGGAGCGACCAGAGGACCUAGGUAAAAAAACCGAUUAGGAGCCUAAUAAUGUCGAGGAACCUAUCAAACAAAUAAUUUCAUAUCCAACUCUGUCAGUGUAGCCGUCGUUAUUCAUACAAAUGAAAAGAGAGACAAUCUAUAGUACUUAUUAAGUGGGGAAGUUGUUGGGAGAAGGCGCCUAUGGAUAGGUCUCUAUUGUAACACAUAGAGUAACUGGGAUGCAAAGGGCAAUGAAGGCUAUCAGGAAGGAUUGUCUAUUUGAAGAAGAAUAAGCCAAGCUUUUUUCAGAAAUGACAAUUUUGAAAAAUCUAAAUCAUCCUCACAUUGUUAAUCUUUUUGAAUUGUUUGAAGACGAAAAGUUUUAUUAUUUAAUUACAGAAUAUUUAAGAGGAGGCGAACUCUUCGAUCGUAUUCAGAAGGCCAAAAGUUUCAGUGAGGCAGAUGCUGCUCGAUACAUGAAGUAAGUCAUUUCUGCAGUUGCAUAUUGUCAUUCAAACAAUAUUGUACACAGAGAUCUAAAACCAGAAAAUAUCAUUUUUGCAUCUGAAGAUCAAUACUCUACUUUGAAAGUCAUUGAUUUUGGUACAUCACGAAAAUUUGAUAAAAAUUAAAACAUGUCAAAACGAUUAGGAACUCCAUAUUAUAUUGCACCUGAAGUCUUAUAAAAGAAGUAUAAUGAAAAAUGUGAUGUUUGGUCUUGUGGUGUCAUUCUCUACAUUCUCUUAGCUGGAUAUCCUCCCUUCUAUGGUCGCAAUGAAACUGAAAUCUUUGAUAGAAUUUUGAAAGGCAAAAUACCAUUUCAUACCACUGAGUGGAAUAAGAUAUCUAAAGAAGCUAAAAAUCUAAUUACUAAUAUGUUGUGUUAAGAUGUUGAAAAGAGGUAUUCUGCUUAAUAAGUUUUGGAUGACCCUUGGAUGCAACAGGGAUAAGAACAAAAUUUGGUUGAUGACAAUUUCUUAAAAAAUCUCACUGAAUUUAGUGCCAAGAGCAAACUCAAAUAAGCAUUACUCACAUUUAUGGCUAGUCAAAUGAUUUAGCCAAAGGAAGUUGAGCAAAUUUAAGAACUAUUCAAAUAAUUGGACAAAAAUAAUGAUGGCAAACUAUCAAAGGAGGAAUUAGUAGCUGCAUUUUAAUAGAAAGUGUAGAGUAAGGAUAGAUUGAUUGAAAAUAUGGAGACAAAAAUCAAUAAAAUUGUCACUGAAAUCGAUGUGAAUUUAUCUGGAUAUAUAGAUUACACAGAAUUUAUUAUGGCCUGUUUAAAAUAUGAGAAAUUGUUGACUAUUGAGAAAAUCAAACAAACCUUCAGAAUAUUCGAUCUAGAUGGUGAUCAAUACAUUUCUAAGGAAGAAUUAUCAUAAAUCAUGGAGGGAGUGGAUGAUGAUAUUUGGAAGUAAUUUUUAGCUGAAUGUGAUCAGGAUAAUGAUGGCAAAAUUUCAGAAGAAGAGUUCAUCAAUCUGUUACAGGAUAAAUUUUGAACUCAAACAAAUAUUAUAAAUCUCUAAAUU